AUGGGUGCUUUGAAGUUAGAGAAUGCAAUUUCAAAUUUAAGAGACAGCCACAUACCAUUACAAAAAGAAACCUGGCAAGGCAAGAUUAUUUACAACCAGAGUCAAAAGAAUAUCCUCCAAGCAUGGUUUGAACAUGACCCUUACCCUGAAAAAGCAAGCAGGAAACAACUGGCCAAGGAAAUUGGCAUUCCAGAAUCUAAAAUUCAGCUAAGUGUCAGUUUUCUAUUUCAUUAUCUGUCAGGUUCAAGAUCUCAAUCAAACAUUCUAGUUCAAGCCUUCAAGAGGAACCAACUCUUUGAUAUUGCAAACAGGAAAACACGCCAAACAGGCAUUCCAGAAUUGAGAAUUCAAUUUGAGAACAGAGCCAGAAUCGCUUGUCUUAUGAUGUCCACGUCUCCGGUUUUUCUCACGGAGAUGUGGUUUCAGGACCCAAGAUCUCUGUACCCUGGGCAGAGUAGAAGUGAGACUGUGAAUUCCUUGGUAGAUGGCCCAAAUGGGAGACCUGGUCUGACAGCUCAGCAGCACGAAAUUGACCUGUGCACUCUCCCAGGCAGAUCUCAUCAUUUUCCUUCCUCCAGUUCUUUCAGCAGGAACCAACCACUUCUACCUGUUCUUCUCCCAUCCCGCGUAUCCUCUGUCCCUUGUGUGAUCCAAGGACAAAGUGUCAUGAUGCAGCCCCUGCAGGCUGUGCAGAGAGGAGACAACUCUCCCUCUACUCUAACACUUGGGAAUUAUGUGCCAGUACUGCUGACUAUGGGAGGAGACCCAGAUACUCAGUAUCCUUUCUGGCCCCAAUACCAAGAAGAACGCCAGGAUCACCAAGAACAGACUGACAUGGGAGUACUGCAGUUGGAAGACUAUUCUCAGCCUCAAGCUGAGCACAAAAAACAACCACCACAGGAUCUGAGCCAGGUGGACAUAUCUUACUUUCUGCAGUGGUGGGAUGAGUGCUGCCAGGCUCUGACUGCAGAGUGGGAUCCUCAAAAAGGGACCCACUGA